ACUAGCACCCACACUCCACAGUCCGUUCUGCUCUUCUAUUUUCUUUUCUACUCAUUUGUCUCUCCCGUCGACGGCUUCCCAUAGACACCCACAAGUUACCCUUCGUCACCAGCCCCCACCACCGGCCUCCGGAAAUACCCUCCGGUGACAAAAUCCCUGCCAUAUCACAGGAGCUACGAGCUAGCGCCCUCUAGGCUCGGCACCCAUCGAUCAAAACCAAGAAUUCAGGUGGGCAUUUACCACUUUUACUCUCAAUGGAAGCCAAGUUCUUUCGCUUUCUUAAGAUUGUGGGGGUUGGGUACAAAGCAAGAGCUGAAGCUGCAGGACGCCUCUUGUUUCUAAAAUUGGGAUACAGUCAUGAGGUUGAGCUGACCGUUCCUCCAGCUGUACGUGUUUUUUGCUUCAAAAACAACGUUAUCUGUUGCACCGGACUAGACAAGCACAGAGUGCACCAGUUUGCUGCUACUGUUCGUAGCUGUAAGCCGCCUGAAGUGUACAAAGGCAAGGGUAUAAUGUACGUUGACGAAGUUAUCAAGAAGAAGCAAGGAAAGAAAUCAAAAUGAUUACAAAGAGGAUAGCGGAACUGUUGGAGAAUGUUUUAAAUCAAUGCUUUGUUGGGCAUGUUAUGCCUCAUUUUUCAAAGAUGAGUUUGAGUUCCAGCCACAUAAUUCUUGCGGCCUGGUGCUUUUUAAACUAGUUUUAAGAGCUUUGUAAUAAUUGACCCAAUUUUCUUUGAAUAAGUUUUUGCUUUAAUCCAAGACCUUAUUAUUACUG